UAUAAUAACCAACUUUGCCUUUUAUUAGUAAUGAUAUAUGAUACAAAAUGAGCUCUUUACAAUCAUCUCAUAAUUCGUACUAGGGCUAAUACUAACAUGGACAACGUCGGAAGGUUCUCGACCAUUAUCAUAGUUCCGGAGGAUCCUAACGAACAUAUUAUCUUCUCUCCUCGCUCCACAAGUAUUCGGGAGUCGAGGGAUUGACUUGGAGCUUCAGCUGGCCGACAAGUUAGUUUUUCUAUUAUAUUUUUCCUCGACUCCAUGGACAUUUGGGAGUCAAGGGAUCGAGACAAAUCCUCAGCCGAUUGACACGACUCCUCGAUCAGGUACGUUACGGGCUCUGCUCCCUUUUUAUGAUUACAGGAUUUGCUAUAGCUCCCUGAUAAGAGAGUAAGAUUCUAGUUCUUUGAUCAAAUACUAGGGCAUUAAAUCUUUGAUCAUAUACUAGGGGCUCAACUCCCCGGUCAGGUGUGUUAUAAGCUUUGCACCCUUCACCAUAGGACUCUGCAUCCUCUUACUACUAUAGGCUCUGCACUCUAUUACUACUAUAUACUUUGCACCCUCCACCUAUGGGGGUUUACAUCCUCUUACGUCUACAGGCUCUGCUCCCUUCACUCACGGUACUCUGCUUCCUCCAAUUGCUAUAGGCUUUGCUCUCUUAUAUGGUUAUGAGUUUCACUCCCUUUGACGGUUAGGGUUCAGAUUAUUUUCUCCCUGACUCCGCGGACAUUUGGGAGUCGAGGGAUCAAGUCAGAUCCUCAACCGAUCGACACCACUCCACGAUCAGGUAUGAUAAAGGCUCUACUCCCUCAUAUUGCUAUGAGCUCUGCUUCUAUGGACUUUAGGGCUUAGCCUCCCCCGUUCGGGAUCGAGCUAUCACCACCGGUCUUGAACUGGAGUAUCUCCACUAGGCUCGGACCAGAGUAUCACCACUGAUCUCAAAUCGGAGUAUCUCCACUGGUCUCUGACCAGGGUAUCGCUACCGGUCUUAGACCAGAGUAUCACCAAUGACCUCUCGGUUGACGUUUUAGACUCUCGCCCCAAUGCGAGUUAUAAGCGAGUUUUCUCUCGCGACCAAUGACCUCUCGGUUAGGUUCUAGACUCUCGCUCCAGUGCGAGUUAUAAGCAAGCAUGCUCUCGCGACCAACGACCUCUCAGUCGAGUUCCAGACUCUUGCCCCAGCGCGAGUUAUAAGCAAGCCUGCUCUCGCGAUCAACGACCUUUUGGUCGGUGUUCCAAACUCUCGCCCCAGAGCGAGUUAUAAGCGAGCCUGCUCUUGUGACCAACGACCUCUUGGUUGGUGUUCCAUACUCUCGUCCUAGCGUAAGUUAUAAGCGAACAUGCUCUUGCGACCAACAACCUCUUGGUAGGUGUUCCAGACUCUCGCCCCAGCGCGAGUUAUAAGAUGCUCUCGCGACCAAUGACCUCUCAGUCGGUGUUCUAGACUCUCGCCCUAGUGCGAGUUAUAAGCGAGCAUGCUCUCGCCACCAACGACCUCUCGGUCGGUGUUCCAAACACUCACCCUAGUGCGAGUUAUAAGGGAACAUGCUCUAGGGACCAACGACCUUCCGAUCGAUGUUCCAGACUCUCGCCCCAGUAUAAGUUAUAAGCGUGCGCUGCCCACGCUCACAUCGACUAGUCGAUCAAGUUUCCUCCCUGGCCGAGUACUCUUCUCACUCGUCGCUCCGUCGGAACUCACCGCUCACUUGCCUCUAUGUCCGGCACUCGCCGCUCUUUUAGCACUCGUCCCACUCGCUGGUGGGCUUACAGGCUUCAUGCCCACUCGGCUUACGAGCUUCGCACCCACUCAGAUCUCCGGCUUUGCCCCCUUUUGCAUUUGCCUUCGAUAGGCUUCACGCUCGCUUGGUGCAUCGACGUUGUACCUUUCAAUCUCUCGAGAUCCUCUUCCCCUCGGCUCAAGAGCUCUGCGCCUGCUCGGCUCAAGGGCUCUGCUCCUGUUCGCCUUAGAUCUCACAGGCUCUAAGCCCAUUCCAUUCAUAGGAUUUGCUUCGCUCAGCUCACGGGUUUCGCUCUCAUUUGCCAUCGACCUCUAGGUUCCGCUCGGCAUUGGCUCUGUUGCCCACUCGACAUUAUCUCGGUCACCCGUUCGGUAUUAUUUCGGUCACUUAGUUGGCAUCUUCAUAGUUGCUCAAUCAGUAUUGUCUGGCCGUUCGCUCGGCCGCUCACUGGUACUACUCGGCCGCUCGCCCAUCAUUCUCUCGAACGCUUGAUCGACAUUCUCUCGAAUGCCUGGUCAACAUUCUUUCGGGUGCCUCAUCGGCAUUCUCUUGGCCGACCGAUCAGUAUUGCCCGGACAUUCGUUCAGUCACUCGCUUGUAUCACUUGAUAUUCUUACGUCCAUCCGCUCGACAUUCUCCCGAUUGCUCGGUCGGCACUUUCUCGAUCGUACGCUCGACACCUCUUGCUAUCGUCUUUCGACCCACUCGGCAUUCUCCCUGUUGCCCGGUUGACAUUUUCUCGGUCACACGCUUGGCUUUGUUCGCCCGCCCUCUUUUCACUCGCUUGGCAUUAUCUCAGUCGCUCGCUCGGCAUUCUUUCGGUCACUCGGUCGACAACUUCAGAGUUGUCCGAUUAGUAUCGUCCGGCCGUCUGCUUGGCCACUCGCUUAUAUCAGUCAACAUUCUCGUGGUCGCCCGGUCAGCACUUUCUCGAUCGGCGCUAGACACCACUUUCUUGUCGUCUCUCCACCCGCUCGACGUUCUCCCAAUUGCCCAAUUGACAUUUUCAGUCGUCCGACCGUGGUCUACUAUCGCUCGGUCACCAUUUUCUCGAUCGCGCGCUCGACACCACUGCCCGUCACCUUUCCGCCUGCCUGGUGUUCUCCUGAGAGCUCGGUCAACAUUUCUUCGAUAUCCCGCUCGACACUAUUCAGUCUGUUGCUUUGUUCUGUUUAUAUGCACACUCAGCAUUCUUCGAUUCGCUGGGCAUUCACUGGGUACCAUUCGGUCGUUCGAUCGAAUUCUCUUGGUCGACUUUUCAGACUCUCGCCCGAGAAUGAGUUAUAAGCGAGCAGAGCUCUCGUGGCCAACGACCUCACAGUCGGGCACAAUGACUAGUCGGUCGGGUUCUCUCCCUGAUCAGGUACUGGUCUCACUUGUCACUCUAUUCGACGCUCGUCGCCUGAUCGACAUUCAUCUCAUUCAUCGCUCACACCUCAUUCGUUGCUCUGUCGGCGCUCAUCGUUCACGUCUCACUCAUCGCUCUACCCCACAUUCGUCGCUCGAUCGACACUUAUUUUUACUUCUUGCUUGGCAUUUUCAUAAUCGCUUGAUCGCUUUGCUCAGCAUCGCUCGACCGUCUUCUCGAUAUCACUCGGUCUCCGUCGGCAUUCAACCAAUUGCUUACUUGGCAUACACUUGGCAUUAUUUCUUACGACGAUCCGCUUGACAUUCCUUACGUCGCUCAGCUUGGCACACCUUUAUUCGAUCGAUCGCCCCUUAAGCAUCCUCCCGGUCGCCUGCUCGGCAUCUUGCCUGUCACUUGGUCGACAAUCGUUUGACUUAUCACUCGCUCGACAUUUUUUUUCACCGCUCAGUUGGCACUUAUUUUUCUCAUUGCUCUGCCAGGCGAUCACCAUUCGUUGCUAUUCAUUUGAUGUUAUAUGACAAGCUCGACGAUCUGACUCUACAGUCACGAGCAGUUCUGCUUUAUGUUAGACUUGGUUUAGUCAGUCGGACUUGCACCUCCUUCGACUAAACUUGAAGGAGAGGCUUGUGAUGUGGUAAGUAGAGAGGGGAGGGGCAUUUUUGCCAUUUUAUUGUAGCAGCCCUUUUUAGGGCACUGUAGACGCAUGAAAAAAGGGGGGCUAGUUGAGGGGCUUCGGCUCUUUGUCUUCAGUUUUCUUUCUCCGCCGCCACCACGAAUCGAGGAGGGGGGAUAGCUUCUUCGUCUCUUGCCGCCACCAGCAAGCGACGGCCGCUGGCGACGACCGCCUCCGAGCCACCUCCUUCCUCCCCACGCCAACGAUGCCAAACUCGCACCUCCACCGCCGCCAAGCACACACGACCGUCUCCCCUUCUUCACGCCGACGCCCUCGCAAGCAGCCCCUCUCCUCGCUUCCUCUCUCAUCCGACGACCGCCACUGCAUCCAACGGUUGCCAUCGCAGCCAACCACCAGGACGCACCUCGUCACUGCCUCCCAUCACAUGGGCAGCAACUCCCUUUUCCUCACGUGAGCCACUGACUCCCCUUCGUCGGCUUCCUUGCUCCACAAUCAACAGCCGCCGAGCCCUCCCUCUUUCUUCCUCUCCACGCGUCGCAGUCUCCCUCUCCAAUCGUUGCCGCAACAGCGAGCUACCGUGUUAGCCAUUUCGUCCGCAACCGACCAUUGCUAGCACUGUGUUGCCAUAGUAGCCGUCUCCGCCAUGUGCGGCUCCCAGCGGUGGUCGCUGCCCCUACCAAUUAUCACCGCAGGCCCUGUUGACUCCGAUCUGAUCAUAUUCUACUCCUGUUGUGUUCUGGCCUUCGCACCAAUCUGGUCAGUGUGUUGUGUUCUAGCUUUCGUGCCGCUAUUAUAUUUCGACCUUCGAGCUGUGGUUGAAUCCCGAUCUAUGUGUCGCCAUCAUUGUGUUUCGUCCUAUGGACCUCAGUUGUAUUCCAGACUGUGUGCCUUGUGUUUAGCUUUCGUGUUGUAUCUCGGCCUGUGUGCCAAUGCUGCAUCUCGGCCUACGUGUCGAUCUCAUAUCCCGACCUAUAUGCCGGUGUUAUAUCUCGACCGACAUGGCGCGGCAAGGUCCCGGCCUGCAUGUCGUCUUCCGGAUCUAGGUCACACUCGACUAGGUAUCGUCAAAUCCAACUCUUCAUCCUGCUCAGAGUCGUCUGCUUUUUCGGGUCACGAUAACUCGAGCAGCAUCCCGACCAGCUCACCGAUCCACCAGAGGGCGCCCCCUAGGGCAGGGAAGCCAAUUCAGUGAACCAAUAAUGCUUUGAAGAAAGGCCCCAACACUAUUUGCUCCAAGGGGAAGUCGACAUCAUUUGAGCUCCAACCAUCCAAUGAUCAACUGUGCCUGCGCUCACUUUUCUUUCUUUGCUUUGACCACAAAACAACUCAUCACAAAUCGAUUCUGAACCAUCAGAUUUGAAGGACAUAGUCAACAAGUAGAUAAAGACAACUCAUAACAAGGGCAAAGCUAUGCAAUUGUAAUGACAUCCACUGGAUGCCCAAAACAAAUGCUUCAGAACAGUGCCCAUGAACAUGCCUGGCCAAUUGGAAUGAACACGAGCUACGAGCUUGCCAAUUGAAUUCAGGAGAUGGAGAAAGAAUCUCAGACAAGAACAGCCCUGCAAUAUUUUUAUAUGGCCACUGAAAAUGGCUCUGAACAUUAAAAUCUUCCCUAUGAUUUAUUCCGUUCAACCAUUUGAACGCCUUCUAGUUUUUCUUCUUCUCCACUUGGGUUUUCCUUCUCUCUGUGAGACAAACCAGUCUCAAUCUCAGACAAAAAUUUCGAUCUGGAGAGGUUUCAUGGAUUAUUCAUAUGCCUAACUGUUUUUGGAUCCUCGGUAAUUCACAUAUUUACAUAGCGAUGUGAUGUGAUUGAUGCAAUCGAUGUGAUUGAUGGAUCUUAUUAGUGUCCAUGAACUUAACAUAGACUGACUUUAGAGGGCGCAUGUGAUCGAGCAGUUCACUUGCUGACAAGUAAAUGUGAAAAAAAAAAUUCAAGUAAAUUGUGAGCAUCGCUGGAAACAAAAGCCUCUGAGAGUCAUGGCACCCUAUGAACCUUCAAGCAGCACACGAGCUGUUAGAAUGGACGUGGAGAGUGUCCUGCACAUGAACGGAGGGCUGGGGGAGACUGGCUAUGCUCUAAACUCUUCCCUUCAGAAGAAGACAUUGGAAGUCAUGAAGCACAUCAUAGUGGACUCGGCGGUCAAAACCUGUGUAGCCAAGGCAACGCGAGAGAGGUUCACAAUCGUUGAUCUCGGUUGCUCUUCAGGGACUAAUUCCCUGCUGCUGGUCGGUGAAAUCAUCAGGGCCAUCCACGAGAGGGCUCAGCAAUGGGCAACGCCAGCACCAGAGUUCAUGGUCUUCCUCAACGACCUCCCGACCAAUGACUUCAAUUCCAUCUUUCUGACCCUUCCGGACUUCACUAACAAACUCAAACUCAGCGUUGAGUUGCAAGGAGGGCGCGCUCCAUCUGUGUGCUUGUCCGGACUUCCCGGCUCUUUCUACGGAAGGCUUUUCCCCACCAAUACUCUUGAUUUUGUUUGCUCGUUCUACAGCAUGCACUGGCUUUCACAGGUUCCUGAAGGGCUUGUCGACGGCAGUGGCAUGUCGAUCAACAAGGGAAAGACGUACAUCUGCAGCACGAGCCCCCCUGCUGUUCUUUCAGCUUACUUUAAUCAGUUUCGGAAAGACUUCAGCGUUUUCCUCAAAUCAAGAUCAGCAGAGUUGCAGUUUGGCGGGCGAAUCGGCAUCGCCAUGUUAGGGAGAGAAAGUGAGGAUCACAGUGACAGGAGCACGACGAUUUUGUGGGAUGUUCUGGAUCAGUCAUUUGCUAUCCUUGCCUCGCAAGAAAUGAUCGAUGAGGAGAAAGUGAACGAGUAUGAUGUUCCAUUUUACGCUCCAUCGAGGAAGGAGAUUGAGAGUGAAGUGCUGAGAGAUGGGUCAUUUACGAUCGAGUCCAUGGAGAAUUAUGAGCUGAAAACGAGCACUGGGGAUCCGAAGGAGGACGCAAGAAUCACGUCGAUGGCCAUUAGAGCCAUCCAGGAAUCCAUGAUUAGUCACCACUUUGGAGAAGAAAUUUUAGAUUCGCUGUUCCAGAUUUACAAUGGAUUGCUCGGUGAGGUGAUGGUUAAGGAAGAAAUAACGAGUUCGCACCUGCUAGUAGUGCUGAAAAAAUCAAGUUAAAUGACUGGAACAUCGACCUUGUCAAACUCUAAGAAUUGUUUAUGUUUAUUAUCAUGAAUUUGAAAGAAUCUCA